AAAAUUAGGAGUGUCGACUGGAACUUAUUCGCACUAUCCGCGGCGAUCACUUGACCGUUUUUUAAACAUAAAUAUAAACUCUUAUCACUAUAAUAUGUAUUAAUUUACAUGUGUUUAUUUCUUCUUGGAAACCUCAUGUCCAAAAAAACACCUUAUAUUUGGAAUUAAAUUAUGCUGAAUAUGCUGUAUACUCUUUACUUUUAAUUUUGCUGAUGCUAAAUUAGUAAAAUGUAUACUAUUAUGUUUGUUAUCGGAAAAUAUGUUGUUUGUUUACUCAGCUAAGCCAUUCGACAACAGUAGUAUGAUAGUUUGUAAUCAUGAAGAAAACAUUGUUUUAUAUACUUACUUUUAGUGCAAUGACAGCAUAUACAUCGCAAAAUAUCUACCGUACUGAAUAUACAUCAUUUAGCGAAUAUAAGAGUGCAGUAAACAAAAUCUAUAUGCACACAUUUGAUGAGUUUCGCAGCAAAAGAGCAUUCGAGGAAAAUGUUAAUAUAGUGCGGCAGCAUAAUAAAUUAUUUCAAAGAGGUGAACGUAGUUAUCGCUUACGGACUAAUAUAAUGGCAGAUAUGAAUGGAUUGUCUUAUUUGAGAAAUUUUCUACGUCUAUUGCGAAAUAAAGAUUUUGGAAAUGAAAUUGACUUGGAAUCGGAUGUUGUGGCUUCAUCUUUAAUGCAGCAAACUCCAGAAGCGUUAGAUUGGCGUGAAAAAGGCUUCAAAACUCAAUCUGAUAAUCAGAGAACUUGUGGCUCAUGUUAUGCCUUUAGUGUAGCGGAAAGCAUCGAAGGACAGGUAUUUAAACGAACAGGACGUAUAUUGAACCUCAGCCCGCAGCAAAUUGUAGAUUGCAGCGUAACUUUUGGGAAUCAGGGAUGUACUGGUGGAUCUUUAAGGAAUACCCUUAAAUAUUUGGAAGCGACGGGUGGAUUGAUGCGCGAACAGGAUUAUAAAUAUGUAUCAAAGAAGGAUAAAUGUCAAUUUGCCGCCGAGCUAGCUGUUGUAAAUGUAACCUCUUGGGCAGUACUCCCGACUAAGGAUGAAAAAGCUAUAGAAGCGGCAGUAGCUCACAUUGGACCGAUACCCAUAUCCAUUAACGCAUCACCACGAACAUUUCAACUAUACAGGUCAAUAUGGAUGCAGACAUGCCAGCAGCCCCGACACCAACCACUCGUUCGGCUGUCAAUGUGCCACGCCAAGCGGCUGCCCCAGUUGCGGCUGCCCCAGUUGCAGCGCCCCGAACAACCACACCAACGGCGCCUCGGAAUGGAAGGGUAGCAUUGCCGCCAACACCCGCGCUUGUCGUCGACCCACAACGCCGUAGAUGUCCUCUAUGUCGUCAACCCCACCGGCUGCCACAAUGCGUCAUCUUUAAGGGAUUGCCACCUCAACAACGCCAGUUGGUCGUGCAGGCGCACGGCCAUUGUCUGAAUUGCCUGACGCCUGUCCACCAAACUCACGAGUGUACGUCGGGCAAUCUGUGCCAAAUUUGUAUGCGGCCGCAUCACACCAUAUUGCACCGAAUCACUCUGAAUGACACCCGUCAACAACCUUCCGGCCGCAACCGCGGCGCAGUACGACGACCUCCAGCAAGCCGGGAUGCGCGGCCCCGUCGAACAAGUGGGCCAUCAUCAUCCCGUGCCCGACGGCCACACAAUGGGGCAGCAACACGACGCCAGCAACCACAACCGCGUCCACGCCGCGCCUCAGGCCUUAGCAGCAUCGUAGCCACACUGCAGCAGCUUCAAAGCAUUAUAGGCUGAAAUAUUCGCCUAGGGGGGCGGGAUGGCUAAAUGAGCCUUAGUCGCCUGCCCCACACCACACCUACACCCAUCACUAACACGCACACUCACCUCGACAUCACCACACUUCACACCAACACCACCCACACGCGCUAGCGCAGGAUCCACACACUAAAACACACACCACAUCACUCCAUGGAAAAAGGAUCCGCUUUCACACCAAUCAGUGCUUAUUCGACCGCUUUCGAAACCACGUCGCUCUCCGCCACCGCUACGCAGCGUACUCAAGUAUAAGUAAUUAACAUACAUAUUCAGUGAAGUUUAUUGUAAAAAACAAAGUAAUUAACAUACAUACUCAGUGAAGUUUAUUGUAAAAACCAAAUCGAUUGUAAAUACAAUUUAAAAUCAAAUACCAGUUUAUUGUAAAAACCAAAUCGAUUGUAAAUACAAUUUAAAAUCAAAUACCAGCCGGUGGUCGAUCAUAUUAGGGGUAUUCUCUUACUCUUGCAAACCCCGGUGCACCAUGCAGAAGGUGCGCCAAUUCACAAUAGCCAUGCACAAUAGUCAUUUACAAUAAAUUGACUGAAUCAGUCGCUCAUAUAUCACUAGAUUCUGCAAUGGGUGCUCGCGUGCCCUUGUAUAUUUCGGUGUAGUAUUUUUGCAAUCUGCAAUCUUGCAAGAGCAAGAGAAUACCCAUAUUGUUACAGCCGAAUCCCGAGAUUUUUUUUAUUUUUAAAAUACCUAAGGCUAACAAGUGGUAAGUGAAGCAGGCAAGCAUUAAAACACCGAUCAGUGGUUAGAAUAUGUCCUAAAUAUUCUGCGGAUUUAGCAAAGAAAUUACAUUUGUCGAUUUGAAUUUUUAAAUUAUGUUUUCGUAGCACAUUGAAAAUUUUCUGGAUAUUUUGUUCAUGUUAUUGUAUCGUGCUACUAAAUAUUAGGAUGUCGUCUAAAUAAACAACACACGUUUUAUUUAUGUAGUCCCUUAAUACAGAAUUCAUGAGCCUCUGAAAUGUGGAAGGGGCGUUUUUGAGUCCAAAAGGCAUUCCGACGAAUUCGUAGUGUCCUAGGGGUGUAGAAAAAGCUGUUUUUUUUUUCUGUCUUCUGUAAUGAGAAUUUGGUGAAAACCCUUUGCAAGAUCAAUUGUUUUAAAGUAUUGUGCACGGCCCAAUUUUUCCAACAUAUUUUCUAUGUUUGGUAUUGGGAAUUUGUCACUGACACUUAUUUCAUUUAGGGCUCUGUAAUCAAUUACAAUCCUCCAUUUUUUCUUUCCAGAGUUGUCCAUUUUUUUCGGAACAAUCCAUAAAGGAGAAUUGUAUGGAGAUGAACUUUCUCUAAUGAUACCCCGGUUCAGCAUACCUCUCAUUUGCCUAUUAAUUUCCUCUUCAUGGAUUUGGGGAUACGAGUAUCUAUAUAUUUUAGAAUAUAUUGGUCUGUCUGUUGUGGUUACUAUCUCAUGUUGUAUUGUAUGUAUGGGUUAGCGAAUGCCCCUCUUCAAAAAAUAAAUCUGAGUUUUGGUUUAUCAGUUUUUCCAACAAGGGUUUUUCCUCUGUAUUCAUAUCUUCCCUCGUUAAUUUUUCUAACACUUCUUCAUUGGGUGGUGAAAUAUUGAACGUUUGUAUUUCGUUACAUUGAAAUGGACUUUUAAUGAAUUUAGUUUUAAUGUUAUUUAUUUCGACGUACUCUUCAUGUAGAUUAAUAAUUGCUGAGAGUGGCUUUAAAAUAUUUUGACCUAUUAUAGCAUCAAACUGUUUAUUCCUAAAAGUAGUCAAUUUCCAACACAUAAAAUUUUUUUCAUUAAAUUCGAUUGGCAGAGGAGUUAUGAUUUCCUCAUUAAUACUAAAAUUUCCGUUAAUAGUGAUAAUAGGUAAUGGUUGUAUAAGUCGUUUGCGUUGAUAUUGUGGUAAAAGAUUUUUAUUGAGUAAAGAAGUGGUGGAUCCCGUGUCAAGUAAACACCUAAUUCUUAUAUUAUUUAUUGUUAUUGUGAUUAUCGGUAAACUAUAUUCUCGGCCUGAUAUUGAAAAUUUACCUCUUCACCAUCAUUAGUUUCAAUGUGGUCUACUUCCAUUUGUGUUACUUUAUUAUUUUUGCUUUGCCUAGUUCGUUGCGAAUUUGGAAAUUGUUGACGAAAUAACCCUGAAUUAUUAUUUGGACUAUUAUUAUUUUGACGUAACUGUCCAGAGUUAUUAUAUGGGUUAUUACUGUUUUGACGUAACUGUCCGAAAUUAUGGUUGUUAUUAUCCGUAAAUGUUUGUAAGUUACUGUUUUGGGGAACUCUAUGUUGUGGUAAGGAUUGUGGCUGUUGUCUAUUGUUGGUAUAAAUCUGUUCUGUAUAUUCGGUGUACCGUCGUAUCUUUUUACCAUGCCUGUUUCUUCUAACAAAUAAUAUGCACUUCUAAACACGUUAUGUUUCUACUAUAUAUAAUACUUGCUAGAUUUGGCUCAACACCAUUUAAAAAUAUUUUUAGAAUUAGCGACUCAUUUAUUGAAGGCUUAAAUUCUGGAGGUUUAUUAUUAUCUUGUUCGUAUUUAGUAUUUAAUUUGUCUAAAAUAUUUCUAAGAUUAUAAAAAUAAUUGCUUACAUUAUAAUUCCUCAAGUUGACUGCUUGGUGAUACAGGUUAUGAUACGUUUCUUUGAUGCCGAAGUUUUUGAUGAGUUCUUCCUUGAUGUCUGGCCAUGUGGCUUCCUGUCCCAAUGUCUUUAUUGCUGCUAGGGCUGGUCCUUGGAUUUUAUUUUUUACAUACCUCUCAAAUAUAAAUCGUUGCAUUGCUAUGUUGUUGUUGAAAAGGGGGAGAAUUAGUUCUACCUCCCUUAUAAAGUAUGAUAAGUCGUAGUCUUUGCCCGUAUAUUCUUUUAAUCUCGACGCUUCUUUUAUUAACUCCGAACCCGUUAAGUGAGUGGGUUGGUUUGAUUCGGUUGCCAUGGUUCUUCUUUUUUUCACUUGGUUCACUUAAAACUGAUUAAUCACCGCCGUAAUUUUUAUUAUUAAUAUUUAGGUUAAUACUGUUCAAAUCAUACUGUUAUUAAUCUUUAGAUUAAUACCGUGGUAAUCUUAUGAUUACUUGGGAGAAUUUCCGACAGCGCCACUUUCGUAAGUAAUGCCGAACGAAUUUUUAUUUUGUAUUUAAAAAUCUUUAUUAUUGAACUUUACAUUUCGGUUGGUUCUUAAGAACUAACUACAUUCUUUAAAAACUACUUAUAUUUAUAUGGUUCUUACAUUUUCAAAUGCAGACUCAGCAGAACGUCAGUUGAACUCAUUCAUAUGUUUGUGAAAUCAAUUAAGUCAAUGAAAUCGAUCGUUGCACCUAAAUUAUUAAUAUAAACCAAAACGGAAGUAUCGAAUUACUAUUGCAGUGAUCAAUAAAUUUUGGCUGUUGUAUACUAAACAAAAUUAAUUAGGUUACAAUGUUGCUUGCCCAAUUGAAUUUGUAAGUUCGGAAAUCAAUAAAUUUGAUCGGUCUGCAGUUUCAUUGUAUAAACAACUGAAACCGUUUGUUUGUCAUUUGCCCCAUUUUAUUGGAAGCGAGUUGAACGACUCAUUGGAAUGGGAAGUGGACGUAACUCGGGCUCUCAUUUGUAAACAUGGUGUGGGAAAAUACGUUGCUCUCAUUAAUAAAUAUUGAGUGAUAAAAUACGUUGCUCUCACUUCCCUCUUCAUGUUUGCCCGCGAAGAUCCCCCUCACCUAGCCCUCAAAAUGUGCACUCGUGCCCGCACGGGCAAAAUGCCACUUAGGGCUAACAUGCCCACCCCUGCAUUAGAGCAAGCGGAAACACCGUCAACAACAGAAUUGGCGUUAACGAGUUUUGCUUCAACUUGCGUCAGUGAUCCGUAUGCGAGAACAUUGUUCUAUUCGGAAAUGCCUUGAUAUUAAACAUGGAAAGCAUCGUCGAAAAAAUGGUUACACAGAAAGCAUGGCCAACUAGUAGAUGAACAGCCAGGUGUGUUCUCAACUAAUGCAUUAGGGCGAAUUUAUACAAUCCACCAGAAAAACGGCGAUUGCCUACCUUCGGUUGCUAAUGAUUAAUGAACGCGUUUCAACUUCAUUUGAGUUAUUGCGUACUGUGAAUGGAACGGUGUGUGUGGCUUUUUGAUUUGCGCUUAUACAAAUAGAUCGAUCGUCUUACAUUGAAGACGAAGCCGUGAAUUAUCCAGUAGAAUUUCUAAAUUCUUUGGAGAGGCUUGGUAUGCCGCCGCAUCAUUUGCAUAUCAAAGUUGGAUCUGUCAUUAUUAUGUUUUGCAAUCUUCAUGCGCCGAAACUGUGUAAUGGAGCCCGACUGAUUGUUACGCAGCUAUCGAAUACAAGGGGGCAGAAUUCUUAAUUCUACGAAUUCCUUUGAGUUCCAUCGUUGUGCCAUUUCAGUUUAAACGUAUUCAGUUUCCAGUGAAAAUUGCAUUUGCGAUGACAAUCAACAGGACACAAGGAUAGUCGCUAGAAGUGUGGUAUAAUUCUGAAAAUGCUAUGUUUUUCACACGGCCAGAUAUACGUGGCGUGUUCACGAGUUGGAAAACUAUUGUAUCGAUGUACAUUAGUGCAUUAGUACAUUAGUGUUUAUCAAGCUGCGUUUCAUUGAAAAAAUGUAUAAAAAUCGCAAAUAAAUGGUUUUAAGCACAAUAUAAAUUCAACUUUCGUUUCGUUUCAAUCACACAAAAUUUAACGCAGAACAACGACUGCGGGGUCGGCUAGUAUUUAAUAAACAAAAAUAAGUAAAACUCUAUUAUAAUAUUAUAAAAUUUAUGUCAUUGUAAUAUAAUAUAACAUUUUUAUAUAAUACGAUUUUAUAUUAUAAUAAGGUCGUGUCUUCUUCUUCUUUACCACCAUCAUCGGUUGCUGUCAUCUUCCAAGCCUCUGCACCAUACAGCAGGACGGGAAUUAUGAGCGACUUAUAGAGUUUGGUUUUUGUUCGUCGAGAGAAGACUUUACUUUUCAAUUGCCUACUCAUUCCGAAGUAGCACCUGUUGGCAAGAGUAAUCCUGCGUUGGAUUUCCAGGCUGAUAUUGUUGGUGAUAUUAAUACUGAUUCCUAAAUAGACGAAAUUAUCUACAACUUCAAAGUGAUGACUGUCAACAGUGACGUGAGUGCCAAGUCGCGAGUGCGACGACUGUUUGUUUGAUGACAGGAGAUAUUUCAUCUUGUCCUCGUUCACUGCCAGACCCAUUUGCUUUGCUUCCUUGUCCAGCCUGGAGAAAGCAGAACUAACGGCGCGGGUGUUGAGGCCAAUGAUAUCAAUAUCAUCGGCAUACGCCGGCAGCUGUACACUCUUAUAAAAGAUUGUACCUUCUCUAUUUAGUUCUGCAGCUCGAAUAAUUUUCUCCAGAAACAGAUUGAAGAAGUCGCACGAUAGGGAGUCACCUUGUCUGAAACCUUGUUCGGUAUCGAACGGCUCGGAGAGGUCCUUCCCGAUCCUGACGGAGCUUCUUGUGCUGCUCAACGUCAGUUUACACAGCCGUAUUAGUUUUGCGGGGAUACCAAAUUCAGACAUCGCGGCAUAAAGGCAGCUCCUUUUCGUGCUGUCGAAAGCAGCUUUGAAAUCGAAGAAGAGGUGGUGUGUGUCGAUACUCCUUUCACGGCUUUUUUCCAAGAUUUGGCGCAUGGUGAAUAUCUGGUCGGUUAUUGAUUUACCAGGUCUAAAGCCACACUGAUAAGGUCCAAUCAGUUUGUUGACGGUGGGCUUUAAUCUUUCACACAAUACGCUGGAUAGAACCUUAUACGCGAUGUUGAGGAGGCUAAUUCCACGGUAGUUGGCGCAGAUUGUGGGGUCUUCUUUUUGAUGUGAUGUAUAGGGUUACUUACAUACAUUCGUGGCCACGCAAAUCUUAUCACAAUACUUUAUUAAAUUUUUUUUCGGUCUUUAUCGUUCGUUCGUGAUUUUCUUCAAUUUUGUUUUUUUUUUUUAAGUUUUUAGAAAGCAUAAGUAAACUAAAUUAUAAUAUCUAAUUAUCCGGCACUCGAAGUGUAACCAAUUAAAAAAGCAAUAAAUUCGGUUUGGAAAAUUAGUUUUAUUAAUUUUAAAGUUCAAAAUGUGUGAAAAUAAUCAUAAAUUCAGGACCAAUUCACUUUUGUUCGAUAAGACUACCUUUUGCCUUAACUAUGGCUUUGAGACGGCCAAAAACGGUCACGGGCAAUGGCUUUCUUCAGCGCCUCGAGACUGGUGUAUUUUUUACUUCGAACCUUGCUCUCCAAAAUGGCUCAGAGAGAAUAAUCCAUUGGAUUCGCAUCUGGUGAAAUGGAGAGCCAUUGUGUGGUCGUAAUGAAGUUCGGAACGUUGCUUUUCAGCCAUUCUUGGUUCACUCGCGGAGACGGUGCUGACCCGCGCUUUGUGAGACGGUGCUAAGUCUUGUUGAAACAUCUAUGAUCUUCGACCGAAAUGUUUGUUUGCCCACGGCUUCAAAGCAGCCUCCAGUACACUUUCCCGAUAAUAUGUCCCAUUGACGCCAUGCUCGAUGAAAACAAUUGGAGAGCGCCCAUCUGCGGUGACAGCGGCCCAAACCAUUAUUUCUAGCGGGAGCUGCCGAACCACCAGGAGGCCAACCGAUUACUUAGAUUCUCGUAUGAACGGUCGGUCAAGUAAACCCUAUCAUUUUGAGAGUUUACGAAUUGCUCAAUUGGAAACAUUUUUUCGUCAGAAAACACAAUGUUCGGAAUUUGACCGCUUACGGUCAAGCGAAGCAACUGCUUCACUCUCUCAAGUCUUACUUGUUGCUGCUUCGGUGUGAGAUCAUGGGCCUUUUGGAACUUGUAAGGCUGGACCUUGAGCUCAUUUUCCAAUAUGCGUCGGAUGCUGCGGUCGAAUAUUUUCAGUUAUUUAGCUAUUUGAUUGGCACUUCGUCGUGGAUUUCGCUCAAGUCGCUUCUUCACUUUCCGAACCAUCUCACGUGACGUUGCAGUCUUUUGGCGUUUUGUGAUACAAUCAGUAUCAUCGUAACGAGUGAUUGUGCGAUAAACAAAAAAUUUAUUCACAUUAAGGUGUUUGAGCUCACAAGCAAUUGCUGGCCGUGAUUUUCCAGCUAAAUAUAAAGCAAUCACACUAUUACGCUUGAAUUCCAUCGCUGAUCACUUUUUUUUGCGUUCGCUUUUGGCAAAACGGUUGUUUUGUACACUUGUGAACAAUACUCUUAACUGUCAUUCAUCAAAUUUAUAAAGAGCCGAUUCCAGUGCAACAGCUGCGCGAACGGUGUGAAGUUGGUUACAAUUAGCUUUUCUGUGCUUGCCGAUGUUUUUUGGCUGUAUUUUUUUUUUUAAAUAAAAAACUUUGAUUCUGCUUGUGAAUGAUUUUUAUUUGGUCUUUUAAAUUUUUUUUUCAUCAAGUCGAGAAUAUGAUAUCACGUAAAUGACCACCGCCAAAGUUGAUUGUUGUUUGAGGCCUUUUUAUGGCAGAAUUUUUAUGGCCAAAACUUUCGGCGACAGGUCCUCACAUUCUUGACGGAUAUUGUCUUUAAGGGCUGCAAGAGUCUGAGGCUUGUUGACAUAAAUCCGCGACUUCAAAAGGCACCACAAAAAGAAGUCUGGAGCGGUCAAAUCAGGCGAUCUUGCUGGCCAGUGCAAAUCGCCAAAACGAGAGAUUAGGCGCCCGGGAAAUGCAUCCUUCAGCAUAUGGGUUGUGGCACGUGCAGUGUGUCCUGUUGGAACCACAUGUUUUCCAAUCCCAAUUCACCAAGUUGUUGCAAAAAGAACUCAUUGCUCUGUAGCGCUCGCCACUUACAGUAACCGAUAGGCCGGCGACGUCUACGAAGAAAAAAGGUCCGAUGACUCCUCCAGCGAAAACAGCACACCAUACAGUGACUUUGAGCGGGUGUAAUGGCUCUUCGUGGGUUGCAUAUUUACGUACCCGCUAAGAUGGAAAUGGGCCUCAUCACUCAUAAUUAUUUUAAAUGAAAAAUCACCUUUCUCUUGGUGGUGAUUAAGGAUGGCCAUAGCGUAUGUUAGACGCGAUUGGCGGUCAGCAGCUAACAGCUGAUGCACCGUCUAGGAUUUGUACGGAAACCUCUUCAAAUUUUGUACCAAAAUUCGUUGUAAACACCGUCGACUGAUACCCAUUUGCGUGGCACUUCGUCUGGUCGAUGUCGACGGCGCUUCCAUGACAUUCUCGGCAGCAGCAGUAAUAUUCUCUGCAUAACGGCUACUCCGGGGUUUGGCACGCCUGGCAGCAUCUCGUGUUGUGCCAGUCUCUUCGAGGCGAGCGGCUAAACGUCGCAGUGUUUCACUAGUAGGCGUCGGACGGCGAGGAAAUCUGCGACGAAAUUCACGUUGUGCCAAAGCCACCCACCGAUUAUUGGUCAAAUAAAUAGUCACCAAGAAUCCGCGUUUUGGAGCAGCGUAACGUACCAUUCUUUAUUUACGUGUAUUUCGCAUGUGUUUACUACACAAAUGUCAAAACAGAACUGACAUUAGAGGCCAUUAGCAUUUUCUGAUAGGAGGAUUACUUUUGCGCCACCCUGUACAAACGCGACCAAUUUUAUUGUUUUUAAAGUGAUACACCGACUUAACUUCGUGUUUCAAUUAACAAAAAUUAUCUAAAAUAUUAAUAUCAAUCAUAGUGUUAAUGAAAUUAAAU